UCUAUGCUAAAGCCUGGAAUAAAUUGGAAGGAAAAGUAAAGAUGAACUCAGAAAACUGGCUUUGGUCUUUAGCGGGCAUAAGCAUUACUGGAGUAGAGGGUGACCAAUAUUCGGUUAAAAAAACAACAGAGUUUCUGAGGAAAAAAUACAUAAAACCAGCAAUCUCUCUCUCAGUUCAAGAUGAAAACAGUUUGGCGGAAGAUCUAUGGGUACAAUCUGAUUGUCCACACUGUCAAGGGAUAUUGCAGACAAUAGAACACUUUACAACAGAAUGUAAUCUGAGUCGACAAAUCUGGAACAUUAUAUACUCUAGCAUACCCGCCUUGGAAAAUAUAUCACCCCCAAGCUCUUCUAAGAAAAUACUGCAACCUAAUAGCAGGAUGGAAAAGGAUAUGAGACCCGCGGUUAGAUGGUUACAUGUUUUUGGUGUCUACGAAAUAUGGUUAUACUAUACACAAGCCAAGUGGGGUCUUUCUCCAGUACCAGAACCUGCUAUACCAUUUAUUACCAAAAAUCGUCUAAAAAAAGCCAUUUACAGUCUACAAAAUGGUCGCAAUAAUAACAAGGAGAAAAAUAAUUUACUUAAAUUUAUCAAAACAUAG